AUGGAUCCAACUAAUGAUCCAAAUUUUACACCACCAUCUUUAAAAAAAGAAAUUGAACCAACUGCUCCACUGGAAUUUAUACCACAUAAUAUUCCAAUACAACAACCAUUUGUAAUGGAAGAUUUAGGAGAAGCAUUAGAUGAUCCUGCACCACAUCCUGCAUCAUCAAAUAAUUUAAAUAAUUUAAAUAGACCACCAGUUUCAAUAAGUAAAAUAUCAUUUGAUAAUAAUAGUAAUGAUGAUUCAAGUGGAAGAUAUCAUUCAAAAAUUCCAAGAAAACAUACUGAAUUAAUGAAUAGUUCAUCAGAUGAUGAAGAAAUAAUAGAAAUAAAUUCAAAAAAUUCUUAUAAUAAUUUAGAAUCAACUCUACAAAAUCAAAUAAAUAAAGACAAACAAGUAGAAAAAGAAGAAAUUGAAAUUGAAAAAGAAAUAUUACCUCCAUCAAUUCAAGUUAAAUCUUCUCAAAUUGCAGAUUUAGAAGAAGUUCCACAUGGUAUACAAAGACAAGCAACUCAUUUAAAAGAUUAUCAUUUUCCAACUCAUAGAUUAGCAACAACAUUAUCAGAUGAAUCAAAAUCUCCAUUAGUUAUUGUUGCAUGUGGUUCAUUUUCUCCAAUAACUUAUUUACAUUUAAGAAUGUUUGAAAUGGCUUUAGAUGCAGUUAUGGAACAAACAAGAUUUGAAGUUGUUGGAGGUUAUUAUUCUCCUGUUUCUUCAAAUUAUAAAAAACAAGGUUUAGCUUCAGCUUAUCAUAGAGUUAGAAUGUGUGAAUUAGCUUGUGAAAGAACUUCAUCUUGGUUAAUGGUUGAUGCUUGGGAAUCAUUACAACCAAAAUAUACAAGAACUGCUUUAGUAUUGGAUCAUUUUAAUGAAGAAAUUAAUAUAAAAAGAGGUGGAAUAAUGACAAAAUCUGGUCAGAGAAGAGGUGUUAAAAUUAUGUUAUUAGCUGGUGGAGAUUUAAUUGAAUCAAUGGGUGAACCUGAUGUAUGGGCAGAUUUUGAUUUACAUCAUAUUUUAGGAAAAUAUGGUUGUUUAAUUGUUGAAAGAACAGGAUCAGAUGUAAGAAGUUUCUUAUUAAGUCAUGAUAUAAUGUAUGAACAUAGGAAAAAUAUAUUAGUUAUAAAACAAUUAAUUUAUAAUGAUAUAAGUUCAACAAAAAUACGAUUGUUUAUAAGAAGAGGAAUGUCAGUACAAUAUUUAUUACCAAAUUCUGUUAUAAGAUAUAUUCAACAACAUAAUUUAUAUGGUGAUAGUGAACCUGUAAAACAAGUUAUGUCAGAAAGAGCUGAUUGA